UUGUAUGUAACGGAGGGAAGGCCCACAUGAGUCACUCCAUGGGCAAACAAGCAUAAAAGAGAGGCAAAGCUAGCAAAGCAAAGCACGGAAAAAGGGAGCCCCACUCCCCCACUCAUAUCGCUCAUCGAUCGCACCAAAAGCUUCUGCCUCCACAAAAUAAAGGUACCCAUCCCACCAUUAAAAUGAAUGCAGUCACCACCCACCGUAGAUUCCACUUCCACCCUCCCAUCCCUCCUCUCUGAGUUAAACUCUCCCUCAGCUAAAUUCCAACCCCAAGAUCCUCUCUCCCUUCUCCCUUCUCCUUUUAAACUCCUCCUCUCCCACCUUCUUUUCUCCCUUUCCUCCAACUUCUGACUACCAUACUGCUUAAUUUGUUUCUUUAUAUCUCUCUCUUAUCGAUCUCUAUGUGCACUCCUGGUUAGAUGGAUACGUUGUUUAGAUUGGUUAGCCUACAGUCGUCCGACCAGCAGUCGUCUUUCAAAUCCAGUCGUACGUCGAGCAGCUCGAGAUCCUCGAAAGCCAACCACCAUUUGUUCCACCAACCCUUUCAAAACCGGGAAGAGGAGAAGUACAGGGAAGAAUGUGGAAACAAUUACCACGUUUGUGUGGAUGAAGACUUCUCGUCCUCCUCUUCUUCCAAGCACCUCCAGCCUCACCCUUCCACCGCCGCGACCCCAACCCCCUCCACCGCUGCCACCACCACCACCGCUUCCACCGCCCACGUACUCUUCGAGCUGGCCGACUUUUCCUUCCCCCCGGACCUUAAUAUCGAUUUCGCUUCGUCAUCGUCGGCGGCCGCAGGCGGGGGCGGAGGUGGGUGGGCGGCGCAGCUGCUGCUGGAGUGCGCCCGGGCGGUCGCCGCCCGCGACUCGCAGCGCGUGCAGCAGCUGAUGUGGAUGCUGAACGAGCUUGCGUCGCCGUACGGCGACACCGAGCAGAAGGUAGCGUCGUACUUUCUCCAGGCGCUCUUCGCCCGGCUGACCUCUGCGGGGCCCCGCACGCUCCUCACCCUCGCCGCGGCCUCCGACCGCACGUGCUCCUUCGACUCCACCCGCCGCACCGCCUUGAGAUUCCAGGAGCUCAGCCCCUGGUCCUCCUUCGGACACGUCGCCGCCAACGGCGCCAUCCUCGAGUCCUUUCUCGAUGCCGCCGGUGGCGGUGGGUCCCCCCAGCCGCAGCGGCUCCACAUUCUGGACCUCAGCAACACCUUCUGCACCCAGUGGCCCACUCUCUUGGAGGCCCUCGCCACCCGGUCAUCGGACGACACCCCGCACCUCUCUAUCACCACCGUCGUCUCCUCGGCCUCGCCGUCGGCCGCCGUCCAGAGGGUGAUGAAGGAGAUCGGACAAAGAAUGGAGAAGUUCGCUCGGCUCAUGGGCGUGCCGUUCAAGUUCAACGUCAUCCACCACGCCGGCGAUCUAUCAGAGCUCGACCUCGACCGCCUCGAUCUUCGGGAAGGUGGCGGCGCCUUGCUGGCAGUCAACUGCGUCAACGCGCUCCACAGCGUGUCCCCUGCCGGCAGCCGGCGGGACUUGUUUAUAAACGCCCUCCGCCGGCUGCAGCCGCUGAUCGUGACGGUGGUGGAGGAGGAGUCGGACCUCCAGGCGGCCAGCGGCGGCGAUGGUGGAGGGGAGGAGGGGGAAGAGGGGUUCUUGAAGGUGUUCAGGGAAAGUUUGAGGUUCUUCUCGGCUUACUUCGACUCGCUGGAGGAGAGCUUUCCGAGGACAAGCAACGAGAGGCUGGCGCUGGAGCGGGCGGCAGGGCGGGCGGUGGUGGACCUGGUCGCGUGCCCGGCGGCGGAGUCGGCGGAGCGGAGGGAGACGGCGGCGGGGUGGUCGCUGCGGAUGCGGGCGGCGGGGUUCGCGCCGGCGGCGUUCAGCGAGGACGUAGCGGACGACGUGAGGGCGCUGCUGAGGAGGUAUAGGGAGGGGUGGUCGAUGCGGUCGGCGGGGGAGGCGGAUGAUCCCGGAGGCGCCGCCCCCGGAAUCUUCCUCGCGUGGAAGGACCAGCCCGUGGUGUGGGCGAGCGCGUGGAAGCCAUGAAACGGAAGAUGGCGGGAGAGGAGAGAGGGAAGUAAGGCCAGCCAUUGGCACGUGUGGUGGAGCGGGAGGUGUCGUGUUUUAAAAUGUCUCGCACGUGGGAAACGGAAACAAGACGAAGGAAGGGGAGGGGAGGGGAGGGGAGGGGUGGAAUGGAAUGGAAAUACGCGAGAGAGAAAGGAGGAGAGAGAGAGAGAAUAUUUUAAUUUUUAUUACAAUAUAUUGUCAUGAUGACGGCAACUAUUCUCUCCCUUCUUUUUAUUUCUUCUUUCUUUUCAUUUGUUUUCCUUUCUUGUGCUUUGUGUGUGAGUCUUAUAUGUGAUUUUACGUGUUUGCGUAAGGCUCACGGACAUGUUUGGAGAGUUCAGAUUAACCAAAAAUGAUUUCUUUAAAUAACCCUCUAACAAAUUAUGGAUUUAUAUAGAUUAAUCAUAUUUACAUUCAUAAAACCAAUUGCUUA